CUGAAUUUAGUUCAUUUUCUAACAUCAAACAAUAAACUUGAACCACAAAUGACGCCACAAAUACGCCCCCUAUCGGCCAAUUUGCAACGCAUAGCCAUUGAGGAGCUGAACGAAGUGCCCGAACGUCUCGAUGCGGAUAUUGAAGCAUUACGCGCCUGGCUCAAACAGCAGCCACAUUUACGAGCACGCAGCGACGAUCAGUUCCUGGUCGCCUUUUUGCGCGGCUGCAAGUUUAGCCUGGAGAAGGCCAAGUCUAAGCUGGAUAAAUUUUAUACGCUGCGCACUCGCUAUCCGGACUUUUAUACGAUACGUGAUGUGGACAGUCAGCGCCUACAUGAGCUACUGCGCCUUGGCGUCGGCUUGCGCUUGCCACGUCCGCUGCACGAUGAUGGGCCACGGAUCAUUUAUGUCCGACCUGGCUCCUAUGCGGCGGACAAGUAUACCUUCGAGGAGAUAAUGGGCGUGUCGCACGCACUGAGCGCGUUGAGUCUGCAAUUUGACGACUACUCCGUCGUUUAUGGCUGCCUGCUCAUCCUCGACUUUAGCGGCUAUACGGCGGCCCAUCUGCUACAGCUCACGCCGAGUAUUGUCAAGAAGAUGUCCGUCUUUGCCGAGGAGGCCAUGCCCAUUCGGGACAAGGGCAGGCACAUGAUCAACACGAAUGCCGUCUUCGAAAGGGGCUUCAAUAUGAUGCACUCACUACUGCCUGCCAAGGAGCAGAGUCGGAUCUCAGUACACGGAAGCAAUUUGGAAUCACUUUACAAACACAUACCGCAAAAGUAUUUGCCCACACACCUGGGCGGGGAGCAGGGCACGAUUGAGGAGCUCCAGCAGCAGACAUGGGAUAUCUUUCUGGAACAACGGGAAUACCUUAGGACGGAGGCUAAAUAUGGAGUGGACGAAACGCUGAGGCCUGCUGGACAGAGCUGCGAUUAUGAAAGCAUUUUUGGGGUUGAUGGAUCAUUUCGUAAAUUAAACAUUGAUUAAAACAAUGAUCAGUGCACAUA